UCAGCUUCUCGGAGCCCAUUGGUUGACAAACCCGUCCGUCAACUGAACCCGGAAAAACAAACAAACAAGCACGCUCAAGUACGUCCACGGCUUCGCUUUUCGUACGUUUUGUUCAGUUUUAAUCCAGCUUUUCAGAAUUUUAUCUUCAGAUAUAUAUAUAUUUUACAACUAGAAGCCAAAAGACACCAGUGGAAAUGUAUUUAUGCUCAUUCGAACCGGAUAUUCGCCUGUAGUAGCAGUUUGGCUCAAACGUUAGCCCGGGAAAAAGCUCCGUUUGGUCUGUUGUCUGUUGAUGAACCUCUGACUGACUGCAGUGGAAAUCAUGGCGUCAUCCAGCAGUCUGUCUCUGCUGGGCUUCAAACAGCUGUCGGUCUACCUGGUGGACUGCUUGAAGACACCAGCAGACCUGGGACCAGCUGUGAGACUGGAGCCAGAAGACUCAGCAGACCACCCCUCAGUCCUCGCUGUGAAGGAGCUGUCUGUCUGCCUGGUGGACUGCAUGAAAGCUCCAGGACUGAACAGGCAGGUCGUCCAUGUGGCAGCGGAGCAGAGUCACGCCGGCGUCGAGGUCGAGUUGGAUGAGGAAGACGAGCAGUCGGAGGCAGACAUGAUAAACCCGGAGCUGGACCAGCAGCCAGACUGGUGUGACAUUGACAUCGGAGCAGAGAUCAAUUUGUAUAAAGAGGAACUAGGGGCGUCAGAGUCUGACGACAAAGACCCCAACCAGGAGGAAGCUAAAACCGAAGACAUGGAUGAAUUGCAGCCGAGUCACGCGGGGGCCGAUGGGACACUGAUGGUGAUUCAGGAGGGUGGUGGCAGCUCAGACGGGGUGACGUGGCUCAUGCAGGACUACGAACUAUCAGAGUCCCUCAAAACAGCCACGCCCAGUGAUGCAGGCGGUGAUUCAGAGGAACGUCAGAAGGAAGCAGACCGCGCAGACGCAAAAUCUUCAGGUAACGUUGCCAAACCGGAGCAACGCAAAGCUGAAGGUGUAGAAGCCUCUGAGCCCGCAGGUGGAGGUAAAUGUUUCUAUAACAUUUAAAUUUGAUGCUAGUUUUAAUAAGGACUUAGUUAAAUAGUUCAGAUGACAUCGAGGUCUGUGGAUUGUCCAGAAUAAGAGCGACACUGACUCUGGAAAGAGAGAUUGCUGUUGAAUCUGAAAAAUGUAAUUUGUCUGCGAGAAGGGCUGCGUAUCAAACCUCUGUAUGUUUCUUGGUACUGACUGAAAUGUUUUCAAAACUGUCAACUACUGGAAACAUGGCAUCAAAUGGCUGUUAAGAUUUAUACUUUCUUUUAUCAGAUAGUUCCUGAUUUAAAUAAAAACAUUGUUAAUAUUA